CAGUUCAGUUGGAGUCGGUAGCGCGCGAGAGUAGAACGUGUUUUAGCGAUUUUUCGUUGUUCGUCUCUCGCACGAUUCGGCGGGUCUCGUUUUUUAGUGUGUCCGGUUUGUUAGUCUCUUACUACCUUAGUAAAGUGCAUCUAGUUCGGUUUUUUUCUUCUUCUGUUGUUUCGUUGGUCCUUCGAGCCGUGUUUCAGUUUUUCGCUCUGAAUUGUUGCAUCCAGCUUCCAGUUCUUGCAGUGUAGAGUCUCCAAUAGGAGUGGGUAGGAAAGCAAAGUUCAAUGUAUUGGUGUGUCUCAGUCAGUGUCAAUAAACUCUGAACGGGCCCAUCCGACGGCGACGAGCAAGAAGAAAGGAAGAAGAGUGUGCCAGCAGAAGAGAGUACACACAACAAACAAAACCGAUCAACAACAAUCGCGCACUCAAAGUUUGCUUUUGAGUUUCGAGUUAGGGUUUGGGUUUUUUGACUUCUCCGUCCGAGAGAUAACAACAACAACAGCACCGCGGAAGGAAUAAAAACAAGAAUCAGCAACACUAGACAAGCGCUCGGAUCCGAAAAUCGCGUUGGAAGCGUCCGGCAACAACAAGCGUUGAAUAAUUUAGCCAACGACGGCGACGGCUACAGAAACAACGGAUCAACGACGACGGAGCAUCAACCUUUCCUGUUCCUGUGGACCAAGAAUGUGAUAUCCGCUUCCAGAUUUUUUUUUAUCACAGCCACCUGCGAUUGAUACACGCGUGCCUGCAUGUGUAUGUGUUCGCCUAUGUGUGGAUUAGCAAGAAAAGCGAAGAAAAGUUCAGAAAAUGACCUCAACGGAGUCGCGAGGGAACGUCUCCGUGACGACGAUCAACUGCGAGAACGACGGUAACUUUAAUCCGGGCGGAAGUAGCAGCAGCAGUAGCAUCAGUAGUAAUAGCAGUAGCAACAGCAACAGUAGCAACAACACUCCGAGUGCCACCGGUGGCGGAAAUGGCAGCGGAGGAGCGAUUUUCGGCAAUGUUGGUAUCCGAAUAACAGUGCCAAAAAUGGAAGAAUCGGAUGAGUCUGAUACGGAACUUUCCAAUAUUGAAAAGACGGCAAAGGUGAGCAUGCGAGAAGAUCGAGGAAAAGGACUUCCCCGGCCGAUGUCCUGGGAGGGCGAACUGUCGGAAUCGGAAGCCAUGAUAAUUGACAAUGAAAACAGCUCGAGUGGAAUCCCGAAAUCGGAACCGCUGGUAGUGACGAAGGAAGAGCCCUCGGGACCUGGCAUCACGGAACCCCUAGCACUAACUGCGAAUCACAGCAGCAGCGGCAGUCCCAUUCCAAACCGAUCCAUCAAACCGGAAGUGGACAUCCCACUGAUCACUAGUAAUCACAGCAGCGUCUCUUCCAGCUAUAUCAAUUCCAUUCCAACCAGCAACAGUAGCAGUAGUAGCAUUAACUCUAAGAAACUUCCGGACAUCAUAAAUCUUAAGUACGAGCACGGCGUCGCGGACAAUCCUCCGGUAGCCCACUCGCCGCUCCUGGUUCGCUCAAAAACAACACUCCUCCCGGCCAACCCGAGUCCGGAUUCCGCCAUUCACUCGGUCUACACCCACAGCUCACCGAGCCAAUCCCCUCUAACAUCCCGACAUGCCCCCUACACUCCCUCGCUGAGCCGGAACAACAGCGAUGCAUCACACAGCAGCUGUUACUCGUACAGUUCCGAGUUCAGCCCAACGCAUUCGCCCAUCCAGGGUCGGCACAAUAUGUUCUCCGGCCCGGGAUCGGCCGGCGGCUACAACGGAUCACCCCUGCAUCACUCAGUAUUAUACAAACCGAUGCUGGACAACGAGCAAGCCUUAAAACUUACCACCGGCCAGGAAGAAUCGAUCUUCGACGGGGACCACCUUCCAUCUCCGGGAAUCUCCCGGCAGCAGCUCAUCAAUAGUCCCUGUCCCAUCUGCGGAGACAAGAUAUCCGGCUUCCACUACGGUAUCUUUUCGUGCGAAUCGUGCAAGGGCUUCUUCAAGCGAACCGUGCAGAACCGGAAGAACUACGUGUGCCUUAGGGGGGCGGCAUGCCCGGUCACGAUCGCCACCCGGAAGAAGUGUCCGGCCUGCCGGUUCGAGAAGUGCCUUCAGAAGGGGAUGAAGCUCGAAGCUAUCCGCGAGGAUCGAACCAGGGGAGGUCGCUCGACGUACCAGUGCUCGUACACCAUCCCGGGCAACAUUCUCGGAUCGCAGACGCUGGCCGGCUUGGGUGGUCCGGAUGGCGGCGGUGGCAACGGUGGAGCAGGAUACGGUGGCUAUUCGGUAAAUUCACAGCGGGGCCUGGGACCGUUCGGAGGUCCCGGUGGCAUCAGUGCCGGCCUAGCGGGUCUAGCUGGCCAGCAGCUUAAGAUCGAAUCACCCAGCGACAUCAACAGCAAUUCGUCCCAUUCGAUUGGGCACGAUAGCCUGUCGUCGGGCGCCUUGAAGAACAAUAGACCAGGCAUUCCACAGCUUUUACAGGAAAUUAUGGACGUGGAGCAUUUGUGGCAGUACAAUGCAACGGAACUGGCCAGACUGAAUCAACCUGCUCCACCGGUCAGUGCGGCGGCCAUCGCCGCCAAUCCGCUCCUGUCCAGCGCGGGCAUCUCGAGCGAAAGCAGUCCGGAUCUCAUCGCCAAUCUGUGCAACAUUGCCGACCAUCGGUUGUACAAGAUCGUCAAGUGGUGCAAGAGUUUGCCGCUUUUCAAAAAUAUUACCAUCGACGAUCAAAUUUGUCUGCUGAUCAACUCUUGGUGUGAGCUGUUGCUGUUCUCCUGCUGCUUCCGUUCGAUGGCAACACCGGGGGAAAUCAAGAUUUCACUUGGUAAAUCGAUCACGCUGGAACAGGCUAAGCACAGUGGUUUACAGACUUGCAUCGAACGAAUGCUCAAUCUAACGGAUCACCUGAGGCGCCUUCGGGUCGACCGGUACGAGUACGUGGCGAUGAAGGUGAUCGUGCUGCUCUCGUCGGAUACCUCCGAGCUGAAGGAAUCGGAGAAGGUUCGGGCGAGCCAGGAGAAGGCUUUGCAGGCGUUGCAAGCCUACACCCUGGUGCACUAUCCGGAGAUGCCGGCCAAGUUUGGGGAGCUUUUGCUGCGGAUCCCGGAACUGCAACGGACUUGUCAGGUCGGCAAGGAAAUGUUGACGAUAAAACCGAAGGACGGCGAGGAACCCUCCUUCAAUUUGCUGAUGGAACUGCUCCGUGGUGAACACUAGAAAAAAAAAAAAUCAUUCGACAUUCUACAGAUCGUGCCUCAUAGAACAAAAACAACAGACAGCGUUAGUUAGAAGAACGACUCUAACUAGCGUUUAGAACAAUAGUUUCCUUCCCUUGGGUCUUGGGCUGGUGUUUGUGGGAAUUCCCUAAAAUCGCCCUAGCAUGUAGACCACACACCGUUGAUUGGUUGGAAGGAAACUCUCAACGAAAAAGGCGCGGGAUCGCCUUUUGAUGAUUUAUAAGAUCAACCCACAACACAUACACACAUUCACUAAACAAAAGGACAAAAAUCUUCCCUUAAAACAAUCGUACUUGCAUCACAGAAACACUAAACCAACAAAAAAAAGUAGAACACCACGUGUAAGAGUUCCUUGAUUCCCCGGAAAAUCUAGCCAGGCUCAACUCAAACCACUCACUCAAAUUCUCUGAGCUCUCUUUAAAGGAGCCUGGCUUUUCUGCUUCCUUUGAAAAACUAAAUGCCCCCCCCUUCCAGAAAAAAAGGGGCGGAACUUUCAACACGCCUAAUAAUCAAAAUAACAGCAACCGUAAAACAGAACCCUUCUUAAGAAAAUGUGAUUUUUGUAGUACUCUUUCCUUAUAAGCAUAUAGGAAAACCAGCAGAUAAUGUUCUAUGUUUAGUUGGAUUAUUUUUUUAUUUUAUUUUAAGCGAGUGUGCCGCACCCACACAGUGAGAAAAGAUGCAAAGCAAGCAAACGAGAAGAAUCAAAAGUAAGCGCAAGCACACACACACACAGAGUAGGAUUUAAGUUUGAAACCGUUCAGUCCCUUCAUUGUUAGUAGAGUGUAGUAGAGCGUAAGUAAAAACAAUAGAAAGAGAGAGAGCGAGAGAGCGUGGUUUAUUUUAAACUCUGUUUAUAUGAUUACGUUUUAUUUUUAAUAAUGAUGAAUUUUUAUUUUUUUCUCUCGUCCUCAUUAUAUUAUAUCGGAAUCGAUUUUAUUAUUGCAGUAGUAGAUUUUAAAUCGAUCGUUUGGAGUAAGAUUUGUUUUUAUAAUUUAUAUAUUUCGUGUAAUUUGUAGUAGUAAAUCUUGUUCUAAAUGUUAUAUCGGUUUCUGUGUUGUUCAAUACAAAACCAUUUUCAAGCUUCCAUUAGUUUUUAUCGCUCAUUGAAAUCAGCAAAUGUUUUCCUUUCAGAAAGUUGAAAAAGCUUCAGAUCGUUUUUGUUCUUCUGUGUCCAUUUUUCAAUCGAAUCAUUUUUUGGGAAAAUUGUUUGAUUUUUUCUGUCUCGUGUUGUUGCAAUUUUAAGCAAUACAGAGACUUUGUUUCAACAUUUUUCAAUACUAGCAAAUUUCGUUGUUUUUUCUAACAUAUAAUGAUUGAUACAUCGAGGUUUAAAACUUUUGGAAUACUUUUCAACCUCUCAACUGUUUAUGUAGAACAUCAUCCACUUGUUUGACAUUUACACUCUCCUGAUCGAUAUAACGCGCUUAUAUUUGAAUAUCUUGGAGAGAAGAUGAGAAGGAGCGGAAUUUUUAUGCGAUGGAAUCUUUCUAAGCGGGAAACCGAACAAUCUAAAACCCGAACAGAAAAAUGUGCCUUUUCUGAAAAAAUUAAAUAAAAAACAAAACAUCAACAACCAGAACAAGCUGAAGAGAUAAGCUUACUGAAGAGAAACAUUUUUCGUCUAGUUUGUAAGAAUAUUUUAUGAAAAUGAAAAAAUGUUUAGGAGGUGUAAGCGAACCUCAAAGAAAAAUCACAACUAAAAAUGUUGACGAUUUCCCAAGCGAACAAAAAUCAAACCUCUAGGAAAUCUUCAAUAACGUAAAUAAGAAAAGGCAUAUGACUGAACUUUUUAGUCUAGUGUUUAGUUAACAAUAGAAUAAUAUAUACAACAACAUGUGUAGUGAAAAACAGAAGCAGAUGAAGAACGAGAAGAAGAGAAUCAAUGGCAAGAGCGCUAACAUUUGUAAAUAAGAUCACA